AUGAGGGCACACACAGCGAUACCACUCAAGACACGGUAUGGUGCCGGAGUAACCCGACCACGGCGUGGGGCCUACUCGAGCUUGAGCCGGGGAGAGACGGCUGCUCCCCCGGGUCGCCGAAUGGCGGCCGGCUGCCCCCCCCCCUUGGACCGGCGGGGGUUAUCCCGGUCCCCACGGGCGACCACCACUGACUACUGCCGAGCCCAAACACGAGCCAGGCCACAGAACACAGCCCAGAGGGAGCGCUCCAAUAUGGCGGAUAGCCCGCAACCACAUGAGCAUACAAAGAGCGACCUGCCACAUAAUGCGCAGCCCCCCAAAGGCAGAGCCGACUUGUGGACCUCACAUGCCCCCGAGACAAGCCAGCAACCCACCUUAAUCGGCUACCAGUUCCGGCAAAGAACCGCAAGUGGAGAGACAAAAGGCGGGAACAGAGGGGGUUCCCCUUGGGCACCCCUAACGCACGGACCACACAACCACACCAAACGAGCCCAAUCCAGCCGAAGACAUCCAGGAGCUCCUGCCCUGAAUGCCAAACUCAGGCGCGGAAGAACCGAGACCACAGGAGGAAACUCCAUACUGGGAUGCUCGACAACUCCUACACGGGGAAGGACCGCGGCCCAUAUUGGAAGCACUCGAAACCUCGAGCCGCAGAAGCAGGCCCCCAGGAUUACCCAGGGCUCUGAAGAGGGCUUUAUUGAACUCUGCCGCCGGGCCUCCUACAGCCCUAUAUGCCCACAACCAAGCCUAGGCAUCGGCUAA